AUGAAGCGGGCUAACCAGGCGAACCAGGCGGACCACGUGAAUCUGGGAGAUUAUGGAAAGGCCAAGGUGUACCUGUGGAAGACGGACCGAACGAGUGAGGAGCUGUUCCAAGAAGUCUCUAGCAAAGUGAGGAACCUAUAUGGGCAGAUAAACUACGACGACCUGUUUCACCACUUGCACGGAUACAUUAAUCAUAUUAACGCGAGCGACAAUGAGUUGUUCCUUCGCAGCGAACUUCCCUUAGGUGAGUCUGCAGAUAGCAAACACGCGGACACAGAUCAGGAAGAUGAAACCUUUUUCGACAUUUUUAAAAAUGCGAGUUAUGUUCGCAGGAAUGGCAGCCUCUCCAUUAGCUACAUCGAUCUAGUUGAGAAGGCCCUGCCGGUAGACAGACUGAACUUCUUCUCCAAUGUGUUUAUAUCGAUUGGGGUCCACGAGCUGCGCGAGGGGGGGGUAGCCCCAUCAGGGGGGGAGGCAGUCACAGGUGGGGAAGCAGCAAAAGGUGGGUUAACCCCUGAUGGGGAUGCUAAUCCGUCCACUUCCCCCUCUGAUCGGGAUGCUAAUCCAUCCAUUUCCCCCCCUGGUGACAGCUCCGCGCUGCACCGCAUGAGGGAAAAAAUGGUGCAUCUAAUCAACACCUACAAUAAUAUCCAUUUUCGAAACAGCUGUGUUUUUGUGCAACGGGUUCUGGUGAUCCCGUCUUCGGACAAGUACGAUGAUUAUAUUAUGUCUCAGAUUAUGAAGAUAAAUGAGAGCUUCCUUUAUGCAAAUGGGCCUGGCGGAGGCACCAUUGGAGGUGACGUAAGCUGUGGUACUGGCGAUGGGUACACCAAAGCCCCUCCGGAGGUAGACCGCUCAAAAGACGCAGUCACCGAUCUGCAAGAAGAGAAAAAGAAAACGAACCCAUGCGAGUAUCUCAAGCAGGGAAAUUUUUCCAUGCUGAAGGACUCGCCAUACUAUUUGGAAGAUAAAGAAAGGAACCUGACGGGUGGGAAUUCCCUCGGUCGUGCAGUGACAUCAGAGAAUGUAGUGCCACGUAUUGGUAUUCUAGACAAGGGAGAAGAGGACAACGUAGCCGUUUACAGCCGCAAAGGAGCUGCUUCACACACUAGCGUUUCACCGAUCAGCACGAAGGGGGACUCCGCGAGGGGGGGAGAGGACCACGAAAGGAAGAUCGCCACCACGUCGGCAGUGACCUCUGCUGCGGGGUUGACGGUUACCCACUCCGCUGGUGCAUCCGCCGUUGCAUCCGCCGUUGCAUCCGCCCCUGCAUCCGCCGCUGCAUCCUUCGUAGCGUCCUCCACCGCGGAAGGGGCAGGUGCCGCGCGCAGCAGCAGCGGGAAAAGCUUAAAAGAGAAGAAAAAGUAUUCCUCCAAUUUUUUAAGCAUUUUCCAUAAGGCGUCUUCGAAGGAGUACAAAUCGGUUAACGUGCAUUCGUCGAGUGCGGAGAGUGUCUCCUCCGAUGACUGCCCUUUGGAGAGUCAGCUCUGGAGCCGCGGCGAGGGAAGUGGUACGGGAGGUGGUGAAGCCCAUGGGGGAGGAACGCACCGUACACACAUCGGCGCUGCGGAAGGUGCACCCAACGCGGAGAUGGGUGAGAAUAAGGAAGAUAGGACGACAUUACAUGGAGAGAGGACAACCAUACAGAGAAGCAGCGAAGCGAUGCACGGGGGAAAGACUUCGACACACAGAACCAACACUGCGACACAAAGAACGAAGACUGCCACACACGUACCCAUUUCCUUCAUGUGCCGAAACUAUCGCAACUUCAGAAUCAUUGUCUUCCUACCCUCAGUGAAAAAACACUUCAACAUCCAGUACAAUAAAUUUUUCCAGGCAGUUCUCCUGAACGCCUUUUACAUUUUUGCCUUUUCUUUACAUAGCAUGAUGACUGAAGAGAGCGUGAGGAGGUACAUGGAGGAUCUUAUGGAGAGUGCGAACUGCCACUCGGUUCGGACCGCCAAGGUGGGCAGCGAGAGUGUUCUGGAUCGCCGCAGACCCAGGCACCAGGAGGGGGUCAUCUCAGGGCCGUGCCGGCCGUUUGGGAAGGCUCCGAAGGGGGAAAAGUGGGAACAGGGCGAGAAAGGCACGACUGGCACGAAUGUCACCAAUGUGACGAAUGCCACUCCUAGCCUGCCUGGUGCAGAGCGAAGGCUGCACCUGAAGAAGAGCCUAAGUAACAGGGACCUCUCUAGCAAGACCAACCUUAGCAGUCGCAAAAACAGCUACGACAAUAAUCUGUACGUCAAUAUAAAAAGGUACUACAACGAUGUUAAGUGGAGCAUUUUGAGCAAGACGAGUCAGAGGACAACCAAGGGGGGAGGCGAGGGGUUCCUCUAUGAGGGGGCCCCCCGAUUGUCCAAGUGUAGUGCGUACGAGGAGGGAAGGCUCCAGGGGAAGGACCCACACAAUGUAGAGGCGCGAUUGGGGGCAGAAGGGGAGGCAGCACCAGGGGAAGCGGCAGCAGGGAGGGCGGCAGCAGGGGAAGCGGCAUCAGGGGAAGCGGCAGCAGGGGGGGCGGCAGCAGGGGGGGCGGCAUCAGGGGAAGCGGCAGCAGGGGAUGCGGCUUCUGAUAUGGCGCGCGGAGAAGAGACCGAUGCAAACCCCUCAGAGAGACUCGAUGGAGAUCCCAUCGGGGAGGGGGUGGUGUCUUUGGAAAGCGCCCAAGGAAGUGGAGGAGGUUCACCCAGUCGGCGUUCCGAUGGGGGAGGGCGAGAUGAUGGGUAUUUCCAGGAAGAGGAGAAUUGCGGUGUGGAUGGCGAUCUGCAUGACGGUCUGCAUGACGGUCUGCAUGACGGUGUGCCUGACAGUCUGCAUGACGAUGUGCAGAGCGACGACUACGGUGAUGAGCAGAGUGACGACUACCAUGAUGAGCAAAGUGAUGAGUGCAAUGAGGACUGCGAUGACGACUGCGAUGACGACUGCGACGACUGGCAUGACCACUGUGGUGAUACGCAUGAGGGCUUCCCCGCGGAGGACUCCCAGAGCGCAGAGGCGAACGAAGGAAGGGAACACCACAGCACGUGCCCGGGAAGGAGACAACACCACCCUCCACGAGGGGCACCAAAAAAAAAGAGGUCUCAAAGGAGCGACAAAGCAGCCAUAGCAAAGAACAAAGAAUACGAAAUGAGAAAAAAAGAAGGAGAUGUGUUUUUACUCCUGGGAAGCCCACUUGAUUCAAUGGAAAUAUACUUAGAGUGCUACCAAAUGAUUAGAGACGGAGGUAAUGAAAAUGAAGAUCACCUGUCCGAUGGCAACAUCACAUUCUGUAUAGUCCUAAGCAUGUACCUGUAUGUCACACAGAACUGGGGUCACUUCUGCCGACUUAACAAUAAUGAAAGGUAUACCUUCCGUUUUGCAGAGGUGGUUGAGAACUUGCUUCUUCAGACAUAUGAAAGGUUGCUUCCGAGUACGUUCACCAAUUAUGCCAACUUCUUCUUCGAUGCUUCUUCCUACAGUGGGUCGGUGAAAGAGAGAUCCUACCAUCCCUAUCAUAACAAUGGUCACUUUUCUCUGUACAGUUUCGACCAUACAAGUGACUCUCCAUCGGUAGGGAUGAUGAAGAAUAUAAGUUCCUUCCUUAACGUGGUGAAUGAUUACGAUGGGGAGGACUACUCCGGGGAUGAGUCAAACGAGAAAGACUUCUACUUCUUCAAUGUAGAUAUUAAGGGACACAACACUCUGAUUUAUCUGAUCGGUUUUAUGGAGCACAAGUUAAGUGAGGCUUUGUCUGCCAUGCGGAAUGCAUGUGUGAUCUCGUCCGAUGGAGAGUCCCACUCCACUGCUUCUUUACUCGCUGCACAAGAGCUCUUCGCCGAUUACCUUCUAUGCUAUCUAAAGUAUCUCCUAGCGAUUAGAAAGCGGAGGCAUAUUUUUACCGCCAUGAGAAAGUACUCCUCCGUAACUGAGCGGUUCAGUCAUCAUCUUUAUGUCCGAUUUUACGUCGAGUUGGCAAACAUCUAUCAACAUAUCGGGGCUAGACGAAAGUUUGCCUUUACCAUUUAUCUGCUCUGCACUCGGUUCUUUGAACAGAGGAAGUUCUACCUGACGUAUGUCUUCUUGAAUAGUCUGCUUCCGUUUUAUGGCCUCCCUUGUGUGCAGGUCGAUUUUGACUGCGGCAGAUCGGAGGGGGGACCACUAACCGUACCCGGAUCGACGGGACCGACGGGACCGACGGGAUCAAAGGGGAAGGAGGAAGGGAGUCACCACCCGAACGAUUUCCUAAAUAGAGUCUUCGCCGGAAGAAGGUGCCACGUGAACUUCCCCAUGCGAUGGUUGAAGAGGGCACGAAGUGGGACGGGGCAGGAGCAGCAGAAUCAGACGCGGCAGAAUCAGACGCAGCAGAAUCAGACGCGGCAGAAUCAGACGCAGCAGAAUCAGACGCGGCAGAAUCAGACGCAGCAGAAUCAGACGCAGCAGAAUCAGACGCAACAGAAUCAGACGCAACAGAAUCAGACACAGCAGAAUCAGACGCAACAGGAGAGGCCCAGCGAAGGCCCCCCCACAGUGUUACCAUCCGAGCCAGACAGAGCAGCCUCACAUGGAGGAGGUCAUGCCGAAGAGAAGAACCAGGGGGACGUCCUACCAGCGGAAAACCAUCGACACAUGCACAUCCUAUUUAAGAGUGUGCUGGACGGGUCGAGAAACUACAACCUUAAACGUUUGCUAUCAUUCUGCUCGAGAGAGAUUAGCAUACGUAGCUUUUUCUGCCUGAACAAACAUGGAGAGAAGUUAGAGAUGUACAGAAAAAAUAGGAAAGGACAGAACGGGAAGCUGCAGCAUGGGGUAUUGGCAUUACUUAGUGAAGUCCUUGCACGACUUAAUCUGCAGAGUGAAUCCAUCGUGUGUAAUCUGCUGCUUCUCUUCUUCCUCGCGAAAGUGCUGAGGAGAGAGGUACAGAGGUUAAUUCUGUGCAACAUAUAUGAGACGCUUCGGAAAAGUCAGAGACACAUUUGCUUUCCCCCUUUUGUUACUCUCGUCAUGGAUAAGAGGGAGAAGCGGAGGAGCAGAUCCUACUUGAGGAGGCUGAGUCAGGGAGGGGACGUCUGCUUUGGCGGGGCAGCUCACCCACCACACGGACGUUACGCAAUUGGAGCACAUCACACACUACACGAAGAUGGGGGGUGUCCUUGUGCAACCCUCUCGUGGGACAGCUCCUCUUCUGGGAGCUCCUCUCCCGAGGAGGACUCGUCCAGCAGCGACGCCGAGGGGAGAGGCUACGAAGGUGCGGGGAGAGGCUACGAAGGGGGAGGUAGAAGCUACGAAGGGGGAGGUAGAAGCUACGAAGGGGGAGGUAGAAGCUACGAAGGGGGAGGUGGACGCUACGAAGGGGGAGGUGGACGCUACGAAGGUGGAGGUGGACGCUACGAAGGGGGAGGUGGACGCUACGAAGGUGGAGGUGGACGCUACGAAGAGGGAUGUAGAAGCUACGACAUGGGGAAGAACCCACACAGCUCAGCCUUCCCCAAAAAGGCUCCGAAAGAGGAAAAGUCAAGGAAGAAAAAGAACAUAAGAGGGAAAAAUAACUCACAGCGAAGAAGGCAGAUUCACUUCCUAUCCGGAUUGACAGAAGGCAGGUGCGCACCCUCUCCAGUGUUACUAAACAUCGAAUACAUAAAUGAGACAAAAAAUUACGAACGAUUUUAUAAGAAGGUGAACUUCCCCCCGUCGGAGAGUAAAGGAACGGAAGAAGAUUCUUCUGAACAAAGAGACGUUUUCAAAUAUAAUCCCUUUAACGAAGUGGAGAAGAACACGAAGGUACAUAACAUGUGUGAGGUUAACAGUGUCAACCAGGUCGAGGUAACUCUAAAAAAUAGACUCUCGACACAUUUAGUCUUAAACAAUGUAAGGCUCAUCACCUGUGGAGUUGCUGCAGAGACGUACCCAUCCGAUGUUGUGUUUCUCAUGCCUAGGAGGAAGAACCACACAACGAAGGUUCGCCUGUCUUUCAGGGCAAAAGAGACGGGUCUUCUAUUUCUCCUUGGGGUGUCCUACUGCAUCAGCUACCUCCACUUUGAUCAGUACCUUCUGUACGAUACGUCAAUUCUGAGGAAGUGUUUCACGGGGGAGGGUUGCGGUAGGUUCUUCACGGGGGAGAGUUGCGGUAAGUCUUUCGGGGGUGAAGCCUGUGGAAAGUCCUUCUGUGAUGAAUCUUCCAUUUGUCCUCCCCCCCAGGGCGAGAACCACCCCAGUAAUACGAACUGCGCACAGGAAAAUUAUGAACAUGUUCAGGUGGAAAUGGCUGAGAAGGGCGAAAAUGAUGGGAAGCGUGCGCACGUGGUGGAAGAAUCCAUCUGUUCUCACCCCAACCCUCGCAGUAACAACCAGAUAGACAGAGUUGCACUGCUCAGUUACGCAUUGAAGAUGUCAAACACAUGUUCCGUCUUUGUUAUUACGAAUUAUUUUUGCAUCAGUUCCGAAAUUAAGCUCUUUAAUUUUAGCAGGUAUGUGGACAUCCAGUCGAUGCUGCAUGAUGAGUCCCACUUGGAGAAGUUCUGCACGCCUUGGGAGGCCCUCGAGGAGAGCGUGCGGCGUGACGGCUCCUGGUGGGAAGGGGGAGGCCAAAUGGGCGGCGAAGUGGUUGGUGGAGGGGGAAAGGGGGAGGCCCAGAAGCGAGGCUCCACUCGAAGUGGCCGCGCCGAAGAACCUAGUGAAUCUUCCCCCAUUGGAGGAGCGAUCCCCAAGAGGUCCUCCCUGUCUGUGUCCUCCUCGUCCGAGUCGUCCCCGGAGUCGCGCCACCAAGCAGGUGACCAAGCAGCCAAUCAGCCAGGUCGCGAAGCAACCAAUCAAACAAUUCACCAAACACGUCAUCCAUCUGCACGCUCAUCGCGUCGCUCACCGAGCAGCUCGUCCGGCACGUCAUCCUCCACAGAGCAGACAGACCAUUCAUGCGACGAGGAAAAGACCAACCUGCGAGGAAGCGGUGAUGUCGACAAAACGAAUGACGACCUGUACUUCUCCAUCGACGCAAGGCACACAGAGUUACUCGAAGGGGAAACGAAAUUUUUGUGCCUCAUUUUGGAAAAUAAGAGUUCCCAUGUGGACAUCAAUUGCCUGAACGUGCAGGUAAAAUAUAAGCAUAAAAUGCUGGGGGAUUUUUUUUUGAAGUUUUUUUUUAAUCUGGCAUUUCAAAUGAAGCGUAACUGUGGAAGUGAGGAGGAGAAGGCUGAUGUGAUUCGAAUCGGAGAAGGGGAACCACUAACCGUGAGAAGGGAUCACUGCUUGUAUAUCCCGAUCAGGUGCAUUGGCUCCAUCUUAAUUAACGAGUGCGACGUACGUGUGGUGUACUCGAGUGAAAAGAGUAGUCCCUAUUAUGCCGUCCAGAAAAUUAAGCUUCGCAUUAGUGUCCUCAGAAAUGUGUCCAUUGACCAACUAUUUUGCUUCCCCUACGUUAGUUUUAACUUCGCCGAUGUGUUGGACGAAAUGGUGAACUCCGAUUUGUACAGCGCGAGUGUUAUCGAUCAUUUGAGUCGAGCUAUAAUCACUCGGGAGAGGGAUGAUGUAGCCGAGGGGGCGGACGCCAGCAUUAUCCAUGUGGGCAGCCUCAGGGGAAGGAAGCUCAGGUGUAGGGAAAUCAACAUGGAGAACUACUUCGAGGGGGAUGCGGAGGGGCCUGCGGAGGGGCCUGCGGAGACACCAGCAGAGGGGUAUGCCGAUUGGCUCCCAGAUCGGUUUCCAGAUCGGCUUCCAGAUCGGUAUGCGGAUUGGCUUCCAGAUCGGUAUGCGGAUCGGCUUCCAGAUCGGUAUGCGGAUCGGCGAGGAGGCCUACCUCCACUUCGCAAACGGUUCGCUGCGAGGAAGGACCUCACCAUCUGCACGGACAACAAAUAUAUGUUCCUAGAAUUGUGCGUCAGGAACUUCAGCGGGUAUGUUAACUAUUGCUGUGCGAAGAAGGGGGGUAUGAGGCUGCCCACGUGCGUGGUGGAGACGGAUGAGAAGCCGAGUAAAUGGAUUCUAUGGGUUCAGAGAAUCAAGCGGAAGAAGAACCUCUCCUUCGCUAGCCGAGAGGAUGCAGUUAGAUAUUUCCUACUCUACAUGGAUGCCCACAUGUACCUCUCCUUCGACCGACACAACAAGUCAGGACUUCUCAGUCUUUACAGCUCCUACCUUAAUAGUGCCUACAUUUAUGGGAAUAAGAUAGGACGUUUCUUUGUCAAUUUUGAGAGGGAGGAGUCUACCUCACGGGAGGGGCUGACUUCACGGGAGGGAUUGACCUCACAGGAGGGGUGCACACAUGGGCGCAGCUCCAUUUCUGUGACGAAUGGAUCCAUCGGCGAGGUGAAGCGGCACGGGAAAAGGGUGACCAAGAGGGAGACCCUGUUCUGCGCGCAUGCAGAAGUGGGAGCAGCCGAGGAAGUGGAAGGGGCGGUAAGAGUGGGAGCAACCGAGGAAGUGAGAGAGGGCCCCCCCCCGAAGAACCCCCUCUUCCAAACGAACUUCCCAGACGAUAUAUUUUCCCCACAAGUAGUAUUAAGCCCCCAGUUCUACAAUUGCAAAAAAAAAAGCAGCGUGAUUAUUCCGAAGUGCUCCAGAGCGUUGGACUUCAAACACAGGAACGAAAUUGGGAUCAGGAAAAGUUAUUUUGAGUCGUCCGUUGGAGAGUUCUUUGUCAUUAAAAUAUUUUUGAAAAAUCUGUCUCCCCUGAAUCUGGGGGAUUACACCGUUCUGCUUUAUCCUUCCAAUUUCAGCUGCAUAAAGCUGAGUGGGAGUGUUAGCAGCAGUGGGUCCCUUGGCCGCGCGUGGACAGAGGACCACGGUAUGUCCAAAGGAGGAGAGAAGCCAAGACGAAUGAAAAAGAAAACACACCUGCUGCACUGCCUCAAGGUGUAUUCGCUCUUUCCGGGGAAGGUUUUCUUUUACGUCGCUGUGUAUUUUCAUGCAUACCACGCGUUGCUGUUCCACCACGAGCCGGUUCUCGUUACGGUGGUUUAG